UCAAAUCCCUCGAAAGAUCCCUUCGAUGCCAUCAUCACCAUGCAUUUUACUUUCAUUACUCUUGCCUUCCUGGCCGUAUCUCCGGUAAUAGCAUCAUCAAAAUGCAAAACAUCCCCUCAUGAUCCAACCUGGCCAUCAACCGGGCAAUGGGCCUCGUUGAAUCAAUCCAUUCAGGGGGCUCUGCUUCAAACCGCCCCCGUCGGCUCCUCUUGCUACCCCGGAAACCCCUUCAGAUCACCACACAGCUGCAGCGAGGUGCAAUCCCACUGGUCUUAUGCUUAUUAUCAUAGCCUCUGGCCAGAGAGCAACGAUUACUCCAUUUGGAAUAACAACUCUUGCUUACCGCCGGGUGUUUCUGGAUACAGCAAAGAAAAAGGCUGCAGCGUCGGGGGUUUGCCUCGAUACAUCGUCAAUGCCACAACUGAGCAGCAGGUUGCGACAGCAAUGAAAUGGGCGUCUGAUCAUAAUAUACGGAUUGUCAUCAAGUCUACCGGACAUGAUCUAAGCGGUCGAUCAACUGGAGCAUAUUCACUCUCUAUAUGGACGCAUAAUUUCAAUCACAUACAACACGAAUCUACAUGGAAGAUACCCGGAACCAGCAAGACUGCAGAUGUGAUGAUUUGCGGCGGUGGGAACAACUGGGGCGCCGUCUACACAGCUGCGCAUCGCGUCAACAGAACCGUAGUCGGAGGCGAAGAUGCCACCGUCGGUCUGGGCGGAUUGAUCCAAAAUGGCGGCCAUGGCCUUCUUUCCAGUACAUAUGGCCUGGCGUCGGAUCAAGUAUAUCAAGUCACUGUCGUGACUACCGAUGGCCGCCGUUUGGUCGCCAAUGACCAGCAGAACCAGGAUCUUUUUUGGGCAGUCCGGGGAGCUGGCGGGGGUCAAUUUGGCAUUAUAACCGAAUUUAUUCUUCGAACUCAUCCCGUUCCUGUGAACAUUGUUAGCGGUGGAUUGACAUUCAACUCCAGUGUCAAUGGAAACGCUUCGUGGGCAGCUCUCGCCGUGAUUGCCUCCGAGAUACCGAACUUGAUGGACGCAGGAAUCACCGGGACCGUAAUGUCAGUUACGGGAGAACAGGCUGGUCCUGUUGUUACUAUCAGUUUGACCGGUUUCAAUUCUAGCGCGUGGCGUAUGAAUGACACUAUUCACCAACUAGCGACGAAAAUCACAAACAUCGGACACGAAUAUCUCAAUCUCGCAUUUAAUCCCCCGACAAGUCAAAGUUAUUGGUCAUCUGUCAAGCCCAACUAUUUAUCAAGCCAGUCAGCAGGGUCCGCUAGUUUAUUCACCAGCAGACUUCUAGGAAGAGCAGAAUUAUCCGACCUCCCACGCGAAAAGUUGAUCCACUAUCUCCAAAAGAUUUCCGUCUCCCAGGAUCCCGCGAAAGGAGCAAUGCUUCUUUUCGGCCUGCAGGGUGGACCUGGUCCUGCCAAGAUUUCCGAGAAAAGGCGUGGGAGUGUACUUCCCGCUUGGCGCUCGGCAUAUGCUCACGUUAUGGCGUACGGCUCCUCCUUCAAUGAGUCCGGUGAUGCUAAGACUGGGCUUGAAAUAGGCGCCAAUUUCUAUGAAAAGGUUAAGGAGCCUGUUUGGAGAGAAUGGGCGCCUAAUACUGGAUCCUAUAUGAAUGAAGGAAAUCCGUUCUCGAGUACCUGGAAGCAGGAUUUCUAUGGCGUCAAUUAUGAUCGCUUGUUAGAUGUCAAGCUCAAGUAUGAUCCAAGUGAGAGUAUUUUUGUGCAGAGUGGCAUCGGGAGUGAUAAAUGGGACUAUGAUCUUCAUAGUGGUUUGCUUUGCCGGGCAGAUGACGAGUAA